GCCCCGGGGCCGCGCGCCUCCUCGUCGUGCUGGAUCGCCGUGGGGGCGCUGCUGGCGCGCUGCGGCUCAGAUUCGCUGGAGGAGGAGCGGGCGCUGAAGAGGCGCAUGAGGCACGCGCUCGCCAAGGCCGCGCGGAGCCCGGGGCAGAUCCGGGAGGGCCUCGGGGAGGAGGGCGCCGUCGCCAGGGCCGCCCGCGAGGUGCAGCAGCGCCUGGACGCCCGGAGGGAGGUGCAGGUUCAGAGGAGGCACUGCCCGCUGCCGCCGGCCGCGAUGAAGGCGCAGGCUGCGCUGAGGCCGGGACAGCAGAUACGCGCGAGGCGUAUCGCGCGCUAG